AGGAGGAUGGGUGUGUUUGAGAGUAUCUAGCCUCUUCACACGCUCUGCUGUGCGCGCAGACUGAAGACAAAGCGCAGAGAGGAGUCCACCUCUCCAUAAGAUGUGCAGCCGCCUCAACAUUUCUGAAGUGGCUACCUCACCCAGUCGGACCGGAGGCCGUCUGGUCUCUGAUCUGGUCUCUGGAGGCACCGGAGAGUCGACCCGCGUCAGGACCAGGCUGUGCGGCUCCCGGAUCAGACCCGAACCACCCCGAGAUCUGGCGAUGGAGAUGAUGGAGGGAGACGUUAUGGACAAGCUAGAGGACAUGUCAUCGGUGUAUGACUUCGACCCGAUCACCGGCAACAUCCCCGCCACAAAAGUAGAAAUCACCGUAUCCUGCAGAAAUCUGUUGGAUAAGGACACAUUUUCCAAAUCAGAUCCAUUAUGCGUGCUCUAUACGCAGGGAGUUGAAACCAAACAGUGGAGAGAGUUUGGCAGAACGGAGGUGAUAGACAACACCCUAAACCCUGACUUUGUUCGAAAGUACAUCUUGGACUACUUUUUUGAGGAGAAGCAGAACCUUCGCUUUGACCUGUAUGAUGUCGACUCCAAAAGCCCAGACCUUUCCAAACAUGACUUUUUGGGUCAGAUGUUCUGUACUCUUGGGGAAAUUGUUGGAUCACCAGCCAGUCGACUGGAGAAACCGCUGGGAGGGAUCCCAGGAAAGAAAUGCGGCACUAUCGUCUUGUCUGCCGAGGAGCUGAGCAAUUGUCGAGACAGUGCCACUAUGCAGUUCUGUGCCAACAAGCUGGACAAGAAAGACUUCUUUGGCAAGUCAGAUCCUUUCAUGGUCUUCUACAGAAGCAACGAAGAUGGAACGUUUACUAUCUGUCAUAAAACAGAGGUGGUGAAGAACACAUUAAAUCCAGUGUGGCAGCCUUUCACUAUCCCUGUGCGGGCACUCUGCAAUGGAGACUAUGAUAGAACAAUCAAGGUGGAGGUGUAUGAUUGGGAUAGAGAUGGCAGCCAUGACUUCAUUGGAGAUUUCACGACCAGCUAUCGAGAGCUGGCUCGAGGGCAGAGCCAGUUCAAUGUGUAUGAGGUGAUUAAUACCAAGAAGAAAAUGAAGAAAAAGAAAUAUGUCAACUCUGGAACCGUGACCCUGCUCUCGUUCUCAGUGGAGUCAGAGUUCACAUUCUUAGAUUACAUCAAAGGAGGGACGCAGAUCAAUUUCACUGUGGCCAUUGAUUUCACAGCAUCUAAUGGUAACCCCUCCCAGUCCACUUCACUGCACUACAUGAACCCCUACCAGCUGAACGCCUACGCCAUGGCCCUGAAGGCAGUUGGAGAGAUCAUUCAGGACUACGACAGCGACAAGAUGUUCCCCGCUCUAGGCUUUGGUGCCAAGCUGCCCCCUGAUGGGCGGGUGUCACAUGAGUUUCCCCUGAAUGGAAACAUAGAAAAUCCCUACUGCAAUGGUAUUGAGGGCAUCCUAGAGGCAUACCACCAGAGUCUGAAGACAGUGCAGCUGUACGGUCCAACUAACUUUGCUCCUGUGGUGAACCACGUUGCCAGGUAUGCAGCUGCAGUACAGGACGGCUCUCAGUAUUUUGUGCUCCUCAUCAUCACAGAUGGCGUCAUUUCUGACAUGGCCCAGACCAAAGAGGCCAUUGUAAAUGGUGCCAAACUUCCCAUGUCCAUCAUCAUAGUUGGAGUGGGUCAGGCUGAGUUUGACGCUAUGGUGGAGCUGGAUGGAGAUGACAUAAGGAUCUCAUCCCGGGGGAAACUGGCAGAGAGAGACAUUGUUCAGUUUGUUCCCUUCAGAGAUUAUAUGGACCGGACAGGAAAUCAUGUGUUAAGCAUGGCUCGGCUCGCGAAAGACGUGCUAGCAGAGAUCCCCGACCAGUUCAUCUCUUACAUGAAAAGCCGGGGGAUCAAACCCAACCCGGCGCCACCCCCCUACACACCGCCCGGACACACACACCACCACACACAGCUCUGAAGCCCCCCUCUUGGCUUUUCACUGAGGACUGACAGCAUGCAGCAGCCACUCAGAGUCCAAUGGAAACUCUCUGCCUCCUGUUUUUUGGUACAAACAGGAGCUGACCCACCAGGAAAUGGGUGUGAAUUUUGUGCCGUAUCCUCCAAGUGACUAUUGGAGCAGCAUUUUGUUGUUUUUUUGUUUUUUUCUUUUGGUUUUCUGUGAUAUAUUUAUUUAGCCAAUUUCUCUUAAAGAGAGACUGGAAAAUUUCCAGGACUUGUUGGUGAAAGCCUUUUAAUCAACACUGAGGCAGUGACUGUUUCACGUCUGAUUUGACAGCAGGUUGGUUCAAAAGGUCAUGUUGUGGUUAAAACUUGUGCCUGUCUGUGGUUGUUUCUCUAAGUGUAUCAGGACAUGUGAACUUUGACCUAAACCUUGCUCGUCAGUCAUUGGUGUGGCCUAUUUCAGUGAUAUUUUUUAGACACCCUUUCCCUUCUGGAAUUAGUUUUUAUAUUUGGGGAUUACCUCCAUAUCUGCUAAUACAGUAGCUAUGAUGGAGGACCACAGUUUAUUACGUUGACAUGAAUCACUCUUUUCAUACUUUGGGGUGUCACAUCUUAUCUUCUUUAAUAGGUAAAUGUUUAUAAGAGCAUGUUUUAUGAGAAUUUAAUUACCCAUUUCCCAGUAUAUAUAUUCACGAAUAUUAUUCAGAGUGGCAUGGACUUAUGAUAGAUCUGUCAGAAAUGUUAUCCAUUUGAAGUGGUCACCAGUUAUUUUUAUGCAAUUGCAUCUAAAAAGCACAAGGCAACCUGUCUCUAUACCAAGGACACGAUUAUGGCAUUGCUACAAGGUUAAUCAUAUUCAGCCAUUUUGAGUGCUGCUAUUCACUGUUUCUGAAGAAAGUACCCAGUUUAUUCAUGCAACUGAAGUAUUGUAUUGUACUGCAGCUGCAAUUCAGCAUGUUGACCCAGGCUUGUUUUUGGUUUUUAUUCAGAAAGGAUAAAUUUCCAUCACAAAAGAUGAUUGUGCACAAGAAGAAUGUGAACUAGUUUAUCAUAGCCUCUUUUUUUUAAACAGUAAAGAUACAGAAAAUACCAUAGAAAUAAAAGACAGACAAUGAAACAGGACAAAGAUAUCAAUGACACAACAUAUAACAAAAACAUGUUAUAGAUAUUUUUUAUAGCUGGAUUAACAACUUGUCAAAACUCCACGUUACUUUAUUUAAACUGCUUUAAUUUCAUUGAUUUUUGAUCAUAUAUACCACACAAACAAACAAAAAGUAGGGGUCUUAAGGCAGUUACUCCCUAAAGACUUGUCUCUUAGAGAAGCAUAAUUUGAAAUGCUAGGUUUCAUACUUAUACCAUUUUAAUUGAUACAUGCGUAUAUUAACAUGUAUGCCUAUUACAUAUUAAUAAAAUAAAUGUACUUUAUAAAAUUAUCACUAAAUGAUAGACGCCAAACAUACAGGAAAGGUAGCUCCCCACUGCAUGAUAGUUUACUCUAUCUAACCGCCGAGGGAUGGCGAUUAACUAGAGACCAUUUCUAUAUUUUGCCCAGCGCCCAAUAGCAGGUUAAUCCGGCCCUGAUACUAUGCCAAAUGCACCAUCUCUGCAACCCAGAGAUUCCCAUGUCAGGGCAAAUCCGUAUGCCCCAAGUGGCCACGCAUUAGCAGCCAGAUAACCUCAGUCAUCACAGAUUAUGAGUCAGUACAAUCACAGCCACAGUGUUCCUCCCAAGAGAUUUACAUUUUAUAUAGCCCAGUCUUUGCCACAGUGUAUUACAAGUCUCUGGUGGGAGACCUUUUUUAAAUAGUCUCCAGAGUUUUAGGAUUUAUUUUCAUUACAUUCAGUACAUAAUCUUUCAUCUUUCAUAUGUAAACAUAUUAAUACUCUAUCUAUACUGUAGGGCACAGAGGGAUUCUAAUCUUAGUUUUUUGUUCAAUGUCAGUUUAGUGUAGAGAAACAAACUGGUCUCCAAACAGAAAACAAUUUUACCGCCUCAAUAACAAAGCUUGUAACUUGAGAUGCAUCUUUGCAAAGUGAUGCAACAAUGAUUCCUGAUAGUCCUAGGAUGUGUCUUAUGAAAAUGCAGAGAUCUAAAAGCUAAGAAAUUUAAAAGGAAUUUGAGGCACAUAGGGAUGUUUUUAUCAGGAAACACACAUGGGACACACUGUAUGUAGGAUUAUAAUAGCCACAAUGAAAAGAGAGUUCUUGUUAAAAGUACUAAAUACAUGCGUGUGUAAUGUAACACUCAAAUCUAAUUUUCUUUCUCAUCAUGCCCGUCUGCAGAAACAAAUUUUCUAUCCUAUUUUUCUUUCCCUCUUUCUCUAGUGACACAGUAAACUUGCUACAUCAUUAACCUUUCUACUUUAGGCUUUGUAUUUAAAAGAACAGAACAUCCUAAUACAAAAAUUCUGUAUAAAAAGGGAAUAUCAUGGGAUGCGAAUCCUUCAUUUACUUAGUUUAUUGAAAUUUUGGCGAUGCUAGCAGUGGAGCUAUAGCAUGACAGUAACAGUGACAUGACAGUCUCCACAGUUCUUGACUGGAUUGUCAUUAAAAUUUGGUUUCAGUUUUCCUAUAGAGUCAUCAGCAGGUCAAACUUUUAACUUGUUCAUUACCUUUAUUUAGGACGAAAUGC